AACUGAGCACUGACUUACCUGUUCAAAGCAAGAAGAUGACUCCCAGUGUCUCGAACACCACAGAAUCUAGCGCAGAGUGCUUGGCUGAGAUCUGUGAACGGCUGAGCCCCGCUGCUGAAAGCCAAAGAAUGUCACAGAUGCCACCUUCCCCACAGCUUGCCGAUACAGCUGCAGGUUUUACUCUCUUAGCUUUGGAUAUACCCAGCAAAGCCCUAUCAGAUCUCCAGCCACAGCCCGUUCUCUCAAUGAUGCAGCUGUUUGGAUGGGAUGACAUGGUGUGGCCUCAGCUGGUGUCAAGAUAUCUAAGUCACCUAAUUCAAAACAGUGCACUGUGUGAAGCUUUUUCUAGCAUGGGAUAUACAUCCUAUGAAGCUUUGACAGUACGUUCUUGGUUUCGAUGCGUUUUGCAAAUGUUCAUAGACCAACCAAGUGGUACGCUGGCCAAGACAGAUGCUGAGCGAACAGUUGGGAAAGCCUAUAUGGAGCAGCUGACUGAAAUGACAAGACUGAUUUUUAAACUCUCAGAAGUAGAAAACAUUCUUUCAAAGGCUCACGUUGAAGAGUCAGUUUUCAAGCAAGACCCUAAAAAUGCACUUGUCCAAUUCAUUAAGGCUGUUGGCAGAACUUACAGUGGCCUUCAGACACUCCCUGAGAAAUCUGCCAUGGUAGCAAAGACUCUGGAGUAUUUAGGUGAUGUGUUAAAGUAUGUAAAACCUUAUCUGAAGGUAAAAGGACCUCCAGAAGGUCUGCAGCUUACAUAUUGGAUCAUAGGAUGUCUUGUGAAGUUCUGGGCACCAAUCCUGGCUACUUCCAAAGCGCAGCAGCUCUUGUUCCGCAUUGUGGAUUGCUUGCUACUCCCACAUUCUGUGCUCCAGCAGGACAAAGAGCUGCCUGUGGCUUUGCUGUCUGCCAUUCAAGAAAGCCUGCCUCUUUAUCUUCAGGGCUUGUCCUUUAUAUGUUGUCAGUCCCAAACUCAGGGUGCCUAUUUAAAUCAACUGCUUGGGAGCAUUAUUCAACAGUAUUUUGGACGAUUUCUCCCUUCUUCUCCGACUGUGCCUGGAGCCGGACAGCAUCCUAUGCUGACUGCUUUAUGCAGUUCCAUUACAGCCCCCCAGAUGCUACGUCUACGGAAGACCACUCUGCAUGUCGUAAAUGAAAACUACCUGCAGUUCAAAGGUAACGCUCCACCUCCUCGCUUGGCCUCAGUUCUUGCUUUCAUUCUUGAAGUACUUCAGAGAACCCAGAGCACUGAACUAUGUGACAUUGACUUAGUUCUCCCGGCCGUGUUGAAAUGCAUGGUGUUGGUUAAUGAGUUACAAGUUAAAAAAAUAUCUACAGACAUUGUACAGUACGUGGUAGAAGGCUGCCAAGCAGGGUCAGGAGGAGAACGUGCCACCCAGCUGACUUCUGUAUUUAGGCAGUUUAUCCAGGACUAUACCGCCGUCUAUGAUCACCGGGUUUUCAGCAUACUAGAAACAGUGGCAGUCUUGGAUCAGACGUUCGUUACCAGCCUGAUUCCCACAAUUACACAGUCUCUGAAGGAUUCAGAGCACAAACAAGGUCUUGGAAGAAAUGCUGCACAGAGAGAAGCCUAUAAAAGACUCUUAUCUUACCUCACAGAGGCUGGACAAAAUGAGAUACAAAAACUGGAAAAUGAGACAGAUUAG